GUUGAGAAGGGGAGGGGAGACAGAGACAGAGGAGGCAGACGAGCCUAUUAGAAAAGAGGAAGAGGGAGAGGAGGUGGGGGGUUGUGUGUGUGUGUGAGAGAGAGAGAGGGGGUUGAAAGAAAGUCUACCAGAGCUCUAUCUAUCACAGCAUCCAUUCAGACAGACCAGCCCUGCCCUCUCUAUAACCCAGGAUUAAAAGCUUGAGGUCAGACAUGGAGAAGGCCACAGCUCCCUUCAACACCAUGGUGCUGCCAUUCAAAGAAGACACUGCACUGACAGAGAUGAUGCGUCUUCGUGUAUCGUCUUUGCAGCGGUCAGGGCAGAAGCGUCAGGACGGUGAGCGUCUGCUUCUUCCCCAUGAGGCCGUGUAUCGGCUGGACUUCCACACCCAGGAGCUGAACUUCUCCCGCUGGUACUUCUCCCUCUCCGGCCACGGUCGAGUCACCAUCACUGGUAUCUCCCAGCACUGGACGCCCGAUCUCACCAACCUGAUGACCCGUCAGCUGCUGGAGCCCAUCGGAACAUUUUGGCGCAACGUCGACGACCCGGAGGAUUCGCCGCUCAAAUGCCUGGAGGCGGACAUGCAAGAGUUCGGCGAAAGGAUCGCCGAGCUGGCCAAGGUCAGGAAGGUCAUGUACUUCCUGUUUGCUUUCAGGGAGGGGGCAGAGGCGGCAAAUCUCAGCUGCUCGGUGGAGUUCACACCAGAGAAAUGACCAGUGCAAACCUGCUAGAUUAUUGGAACAGCAUUGCAAUAUACUGUUCAGUCUUUGACCUUUAAAAAAAACACGGUACUAGAGCAGAAAAACCUUAUAUCUCCUUUUCAAUAACCGACACCUCAAGACCUCAGCUUAAAUAUUCUCCCUCCAAAACUCAUUCCCUCUCAUCUCUGAGUUUUCUACAGUAACAAGAAAACGCAUUUUAGCACAAAGAACAAAGUUUUAACAACAAAAGCCAAGUCAAAAUUUUAUAAACAUUUAUCGAAAACAAGUUUUAAAGAGUAAAGAAAGUAUUUUCCACUAAAACAAAGAACACAUAUUUAGUACAAAACUAAAAAACCUUGACUAAAGGUAAAACAAGUAUGAAUGCACUUUAUUUAGACUUAAUACAGAACUAAUUUUCUUGCAUGUUUCCUGGUGCUACUUUAAAGAUCAAUGUAUCAUCAACAUAAAUCAUCAAAAUAAGAAAUAUUCAAAAUUCAUACAGAAGUGUGAGCAUUCAUAAAAAUCUUCUUUACGCAAUAUUAUAUAAUGAUUUGAUGCUGAUCAUUCAUAAUCGACAUCUUCAAUUUUAGAUUUUUUAUAAUGAAUUAUCUGCGUCUGAAGACAAAAUGCGAGACUCUCGUCAUAUACAAACUAAGAGUGAAUAGAUUCCUCCUGUAAAUACAACACGCCUUCACUGAUCACUGAACACUGUGAUAAUGUGUCUUUGCUGUUGUUGCUUUAUGUUUCUGAAUUCGUUCAUCACUCACAGACAGGAAGUGACAGCUACAUGCAAAACAUCUGGCAGUGAAUGGAAUAUCAAAUAUUCACAUCGCAUGACUGUCGGCCUGACACAAAACCGCUCAAUGGAGUGACAUCUAUUAAAUAUCGACUGAAAGCUUGUGUGUGUGUUCUCAUUGGUGCUGACUGUUAUUGCUGUUACUGGACAGAGGAAGAGCGGAGGGAGGAGGGAGGGGACAAAAAAAGAGAGGGCUAGGAAGGGAGGAAACAAGAGAAGAGGAGUCAGGUCAAGUCAGAUUCAUAAACAUCGAUCACAAAUUUGAGUCAUAGGGCUUUAUGACCGGUGAAGAAGUAUUGUAAAAGACUAUAUACUCUGCAACUGACAUGUGAUAUGAAUUUGGAUUAUUAUUUCCUGAUUAGAUAAUAUAAGGAUAUACUUUAUACUAUACAACUACAGAUUCUCUAACUCGUGUGCACAUUAAAACACAAGGAUCUAAGAGCCAUUUAACCAUUUACUGAGGGUGGAGGGUGAUGGAGGAUUUCCUGUACAAUAAACAAACAAAAGUCAAUACGUUGCCAUGCAUACCAUAUAAUGCAUACCAAAAAAAAAAAAAAACCCUCUUCUAAACUAAAACAAUUUGCCUUACCUACAAUUAUCUCCAAGGAAAUAUACUAACUGGCUCCAAAACAGUAAAUCAGAAUCAGAAUCUGGUUUAUUGCCAAGUAGGUUUUCAACCUACACGGAAUUUGCUUUGGUGUUUAGGUGCAAGAACAAAGAUGAAACAAGCAAGAACUGCAGGUCAGAUACUGCAUCUUAAAUAUAAAUAGAAAAAUUAAACAAUAAAACUAAUUGAAAUACGAUCUGCUUCCACAGACUUCUGCCUCGAAGGCGUCAAACAGUUUCAAACAAUAUUUCUGGAUCUGUUAAGAGGUCACAUGCACUCAUACAUUAGGACUCAGCAUGUAAACAUCAGUUAAAGGAAAUAAACAAUAAGUAAUCUCACAGGAUUGAUACUUAAGAUUGAGAUUCUUCAACAACUGCACUCAGGAGGAGAGGAUGUAUUUGCAAUCAUUCUUUGGGAAAUCAUCCUCAUCUAAUGAUUUUCAGUAAACACAGUUACUCAGUUACCAUGAGCAUGAGAAGGUGAAAAACUGGGGACAAAAAGUUGGAGGGAAAAAUAGAGGAUGACAGACAAUGAGGAACGCUUGACCAGCACAAGCACAGUCUCUAGUCUGUACUUUGGAGCUGCAGUUUACAUUUUGGUUUUUUCUUUGGAUAUUUGAGCACUUGCUAGUGCUAGUAGUUUGUCAGCAAGAAUGCUAACAGAUCUGGUGUAAGUAUGAUGUUGCUAUUAUGUUUUUUCAUGCCAACAUUGGAGUUACAGCAAUAUCUGUGAAAUCAGAGUCCCCUCAUUAAUAUGCAAAUGUGUGCAGUAAGACACACCAACAUCUAAUCAGCUAUAUAGAACCAUAUAUGAAAUGAAGAGAGCACUGGUUAAAUCGUGCUAACAAAAGGCUGAGUUUUAUUACAUCCUAUACUUUAAGUCCGUGCUAUCGUCUGGGACUGAGUUUAAUUUCAGCACUUUGUAGUGAGUUUGUUGGAAAAAACUGCACCUUUUUACUUAAACUGGACACAAAUGCAAACAUGUGGAAGACACCAAGAAAACAGAGUCAACACCAACUUCAGUGACAACAUCUUAACUUUAACGAAAGAACUUUCC